UGCUUGUUUUUCCUCACUCCCUCACUCUUGUCAGCUAAUCUCUGUGGGUAACCUUAUCCCAACCCUUGAGUGGCUGCCCCCCCCCAAGCCUCAGAAACUGGACUGUGAAACAGCUCUCCCCAUUCAUAAAGCUCACUCUUGUCAUGCUCGACCAGCGGCGUACUGCAUUUCAUGGAUUCUUGCUGUUUUAUCAAUUUUAUUUUACUUUUUCAAAUCGAGUCAGGAGGCAAUUUAUAGGAGCACCGACUCUUAACUGAUGGUGUGAAAAUAUAUUUUGCAAUCCAAAUCUAAAGUCCUUCCUUUUAAAGGGUAAUUUCACACAAAUUGAAACAAAUAUCAAUUUCUCAGCUGCUUCCAACAGUUCCUAGCCAUGCAGAUUGCUUUGAUUUUAGCUGCUCAGGUUUUGAUAUUUUUGCCACCACAUCAUUACAAUGAAGGUGAAUGGAAUUUACUUUGUGGUGCUCAAGGCAUUGAAAGAUUAAAUUUCAAAAAUUCAACAGCAAGUUGUAAGUGUCCCACUUACUCUGGAUAAUCCACAGAACACGCUGUCAACAACUAGAAGUACUUUUACUAUAUAGGGGUGUGGCAGAAAUCUCACAGAUAAAAAACUGGGCAAGUCAGACAGUCUAGAAGGCUAGAUAACAUGGCUAGAUUAUUUAGAAAAUGUAAAAACAUUUUUUUUUAUACGUUGCAUGAACCAACCCUUUAAGCCUCCAAUUUUGUAUACCUGUCUCCUUGUAUUUGAAUCACUUUAUUCUCCACAUGCAACAGUUGCACAUGUUGUUUUCUCUGUGGAGUUGGUGCAGAAACUUCCACCGUUUAAAAAUUAAACAGAGAUAGAUAUGGAUAAACAUGGUAAAAUGACAAGUGGGUCUUCAAAGGGGACGUGCAAGGCAUAACCAAUAAAGUCCUUUAAUUUCAACAGAGAACUUAGGUCAUUAUAAAUCCCUUUUUGUUAGACAAAUUAGAUAGCACAGAAAAGUAUUUUAUAAAGUCCAUUUUGCUCUCUUUUGCGCCACAUAUUACUUUACAUUUCUAGAAUAAUCUGUCCCUCUGACUCCUGACUGGCCAGCUGCCAAAGUGACUGGUAGUCCAGACAGAUGCAUGGCAGGACCGUCCAAAAAUUGGCUUGUAGCCAUUACUUAUUUCCCAUACUCUUAAGACUGAUAAAAUAAUAAAAGUCCUCUUAAAAAUCUGGGAUCUUUCACUUUGCCAUGAGCAGAGAUACGUUUCCUCCUCCUUGUGACCCACAGGUGGCCACAUCCAAGUCUGUUGCUGCGCUUUCUUUUCUCAGUUGUGGAUUUACAGUCAUGCUCCGAGAAGUUUGUCACAAACAUGUGCUUAAGAGGUGAUGAGUGGGUCCACAAUGCUGGCUCUAUCACAGUCAGUGUGGUAAUUGCUGUUUAUCAUCCUGCCUUCUUUAAAUCAGUUGUCGGGUGCCUUUAUUUUGGACUUUAAGAGAAAACUUUAUCGACGGUGAGCAGCAGCUAUUGUAAGCCGUAUUUGAUCAAAGAGAGCCCAAAGCCUUGUAUUUGUAAAGAAAUCAUCAAAGUAUCUGUCUCGAUAAUUACUAUUUUCUUUUUUUUUUUUCUGUGAUUUUCCUCCCUUAGGCAGACAAGUCCAAAUUAGUAAUGCUUUAAAUGACAUUAUACAUCACUUGUGUUACAGGGAUGAUUAAAGUGCACUGUGGUUGACAGGAUCAAACCUUCUUGCUAGGCAGACAGCCAUGAAUCACAGCUUGAACCCACAUCAACCCACUUUAUCCACAUUUGUACUUGCAGACAACAUAAAUGAUUUUGUGAUUUAACUUGUCAUUAUAAAUCAUAAACACUAAGAUAUAGUCUUUUAAAUAAAAGCCAUAAAUUCAUAUUUUUCCGGAUAAAUAAUUGAUUUCUGUUUAUUUUGCUGUCUUGUUUGCCUUAUGUUGAUCAGCAGCUGGAGCUCUUAGUCAAACACUCCUUUUCAUUUCAACUCACUACAGGAGGCCCUUUGAAAUCCCCAACAUGGGAAGCUAUAUAUGUAAUCAUUUAGAAUCAUUUUGAAUAUCAAUGGGGCAGGAAUGCCGAGGAUCCAGUUUUAAUGGGACAAUAAAGUCGAACCACAAAGGUUUUCUUUUUUUUUAAUGGCAGCAGGGAUGUGGGCUCACUUUACUGCUGCCAGCUCAUAAACACAUUCACACCUCUCUCUUUCAUUUAAAUGCGGGAUAAAUUAUAGCACAUUAUUGAAAAAAAUCGAGGUCGACAACAACCUGCAUUUGAAUGCUGUCUGGGAGAGCCGAGGCCAAUCCACAAACCAGCAGCAGUUUAAAAAGCACAAAUAACAGAGAGAAACAAGCAGUUUCUGUAGCUGUUACAACACAGAAACAAUGUAAUAAUAAUAAUUAUUAUUCUAACAUUAUUAUAGUGGCCUUAAAGUACUAAAAACUAAAACUAAAGUUAUAGUUUGACGUACAAAAUAAGUUAAAUGAAAACUUGGUCUGAUGAAUCGCAUAAAUAAACAAAAAAGUAUAUAUCUUCCCAUGCCUCCAAUUAGACGUAGAUAUUUUAAUCGGGUUGUCUUUGUCCACAUCUGAAUACCAAUUAACUCCUUUCCCAACCUUACUUUAGGAAAAAAUCUGACUUUAAAGAAAGAAAAAGAAGGAAAAAAAAAACAAAGCAAACAGCAGUUCAUCUCCUUGUUCUUGUUCUCCUCUGCGCAACACUUUGCCCACCGAGAGGAAAAACCCCUCUCCAAGCUGAUGGUCUCUCCAAGAUUACCCUAUCAGGUGCAAACCGCUGACAUGUUUCCACCCACCAACAACAAAAAAGCCUCUCUGUGCCCAAAUCUCAAGCCGCAGUCGCACAAACACCACUGACAGGCACUGCUGCGCCAUCAUCAGCCCCCAAACCUCUCCAGGGAUCCGCCGCUGCUGCUGCUGCCGCUGCGAUUUCCACACUACUUUUUUGAAAAACGUAACUUUUUUGAAUGCCUGGAUAAGUUUGUUUGCCCGCUUUAGCGACUUAUUUUUGGUGGAAAUGCGUUUUAUUAUCCACCGCUUUUCCCUUUUCCACCGCAGCACUUGGUAGAAUAAAAUGACCCAUGCAAGGUGUAGAAAUCCCCCGCAGGUACGGACGGAAUUGAGGAGCCUGUGAUCUCUGGAGCAGAAGGAUUGGGAUUGUGGAGAAACUUGGCUAUAGGUGCGCAAAACUCGGAGGAUAAUUGUUUGAGCGAAGGGAUUUUUGAAGAGGUUGAAUUCUGAAUCCUUUCCACACUUUGCACCGAUUUACGGAGACGUUGCCGGAUUUCGGGCAGUGGAGGAGACUGAUUUUAGACAAAAUAAUCUUCUGGAUAAUUCCCCCCAACAAGGAAGCACCUAAUGUUGCACCCCGUGACUCUGCUGCUGCUUUCCAGUGAUAUACCCUUACACUGGGAUUCAAUCUCCUACUUACCCCCGGAGUUGUGUGCGUAAAGGACGCGCAGGGGAGCGAAAGCGAGAGAGAGGGGGGCGAUUUCGCCAACCUUUCCUGGGGCUCUAAAUCUGUGGAAGCAGGUGUAUAUCAGGUGUAUUUCUGCAAGUCAAGAUGUCUCUGCUGCCUUCGAGGUUCAUAUACGUGUGUUUACAUUUUCUGGUACUCUAUUUCCAGCUACAGGAGUCCCAGCAGAGCUCUGCUGAUUUCAGGUUUUACAUCGAGAACCACACGAGGAACCCGGACGAUCUCAGCCGGAAACAGGUCCGGAUCUAUCAGCUCUACAGCAGAACCACAGGAAAACACGUGCAGAUCUUGGGGAAGAAAAUCAAUGCCAAUGGAGAUGAUGGGGGCAAGUAUGCUCUUCUUGUUGUUGAGACAGAAACCUUCGGGAGCCACAUUCGAAUAAAAGGAAAAGAGAGCGAACAUUACAUUUGCAUGAACGAGAAGGGCAAAAUAGUUGGAAGGCCCGAUGGAAGGAAGCAGGAGUGCGUCUUUGUCGAGGAAUUCCUGGAGAACAACUACACGGCUCUUGUGUCGGCCAAGUACAAAGGAUGGUACCUCGGCUUCAACAGGAAGGGUCGGCCCAAGAAAGGCUCGCGGACCACACAGAGGCAACAGGAAGUCCACUUCAUGAAGCGCCAGCCGAGGGGCAGAGUAGACCCGCUGGAGGAGUUUCGUUUCACCACUGUAACUAAGCGGACACGAAGGGCUCGGCGAUUAAAACCCAACUCCAAGAGGAACUGAUGGGACCAGUGGGACAGCACUAAUUUUCCUCGGGGGAAAAAAAACUAUAUCUGAAAAUCUCAAGCUUCUUGUCUUAAAAGAAUCACCUUAAAGACUUCAUUUCUGUAAAAGAAAGACAGACAAAAAGAACAAAAAAAGUCAAAGAUGUUUUAUUUUUGUAUUUCAGGAUGACUGAAUAUUUCUUAACUCUUGGAUUCUUCUGGGUUGAUGUCACUGUGCUAACGUGUCUGUCAUGUUAUUUAUACUGGAUAAACUAAAGGACCUCUGAGAGAAUUCCUGUCGCCGUCGUCCUCAGCUACGUUUGAACUGCAAGCUGAAGGCAUGCUUUCUUUUUGACAAUGGGGGCUGAACCAGGAGCUGACGCAAUGUUAUAAUAAAAAUCAGCCAACUAGAGAUUUAUUGGAAUACCUGUCGGUUUUUGUUUGUGUUGCCCCUGACAACGUGGAUCCCAUACUUUCCACUGGAAUCAGACACCAUGGAGAUGAAACGGAGAGAGGUGGCAGUCGCAGGUGACACUGUGCUGCCAGGAUAACUGUGUAGUUUUGAGUGCAAUAUUUUACAGGUCUCUCUCUUUCUCUUCCUCUUUUUUGCCAUAUGUCUCUCAACCUCAGCUUCACUCGUGGCUCCUGGAAUGCGCUGAACCCUCCGAGUACUGUGUGUGAUUUCCUUGACAUUUCCAUGCAGCCUGUUAUUCAGCUAAAACACGACAUGCUUUGACUAGUCAGGCACCAGCCAUGGCUUAAGUCUUGUUUAAACACACAAAAAAACACAAUACAAACAAAAAUAUAACAGCUGAUGUGAUUCAUAAUUCCACAAAGUCUUCCAGCUUCAUCACAUUGAGGAGACGGAUGUUAAUCCCUUUCGUCUCCCCUUGGUCUCGCUUUUUAACAGCUCUUCCUCACAUGUUAAAGUUGUUCCAGAAAAGGAUGCCUUGAUUCUUUGACUGUGAGCUAGCUAAUAUUUUGGGGUUGGUGAUGAAGACUUCCUCUACCUCCUUGUUCUUUUUGUUUAUCUUUACCUAGUCUGACUGUCUGUGUUCAGUUAAUCUCAAGAAGCUUUCAGUUGACGCUGAGCUGAACUGAGCUCUUCUUUUUUUUUUCUUCCAAAAUCAUCUUUUGACUGUGAGCUCAUCUUCGCUCCUUUCUCAAAGAUGCUUUUGGGAAAGCUUAUCCCUGUGCUUGUUUGUCAGAUCAGUGAUCCACAGACAGGAAUACUGUAGCUCUGACCAACCCUGAUCACUUCAUAAAUCCACAUUUGACAAUUAAGACGACUUCUCAGAUGACCAACUUGUCUAGGAUUCUGGGAACAUUUUCAGCAACAUGAGUUUGUGUCUGAAUCCUAAAGGGUAAAGUGCUUCUGUCAUUCCUUCUCUCACUGACGUCAAACUCCAGCCCCUUUUCACCAGUAGUAUGUAUUCACCUGUCUCCUGGUAGGUUUUUGUAUGAGUUGCUACUAACAACAUGACACAUUUAUGAUUUUUUUUAAAAACAAAUGUAAGCAAAAAUAAUUUUAUGACUAUUAUUAAGAUAUUUAUUGCCUCCCUUUGUAAAUAAAAUGUGAUGAGUUUUAUUUGGCCUCUGUUAAUAAAAUGAGGACUAUAUUUUAAAAAAA